AUGGUAUGGCAGGCUGUGCAACUUGUCACACUCCACUCCCUUCCACAACCAAGAUCACAGCUCUUGGGGGAGCGUGAUUCAAUGAUCCAGGUUUAUACAGAUCUGUCAUUGGAAGUUUACAUACUUAAUAAUAAUCCAUGUUAUUGUCGUGUGUUGGACCAAGCAGAGGAUUCAAAGGUGAAUGUUACUUUGAAUUACCAAAGUCUUUGUGAAGGGUGCGCCCGUUACAUAAAGAGCGACCUUGGAAAUCUGUAUAACAAUUCAGAAUUAAUGUCCAUUGUCAACCUUCAUUUGUUGCCCUUUGGCAAUGCUCACAUUGAUCAAAAUCAAACCGUCCAAUGCCAGGAAAAAAGCUUCGCUUUUAUCAAAUGUGUUGAGGUUGGUGUGCUAAAGAAAAGUGAUGAUGAUGAUGAUGAAUUAAAAUCAUUAUGGAACUCAUGUUGUGAGGAACUCAAGUUAGAUUCAAACCCCAUUAAGGAUUGCUAUGAAUCUGGACGUGGAAAUAAGUUACUCUUGGGCUAUGGUGAAGAAAGCAAAGCACAAGUUCCACCUCAUAUGUUUGUGCCUUGGGUUACUGUCAAUGACGUUCCCUUAGAAUUUGACAUUUGGCUAACUAACGAAGCUUCUCCUAUUGGUGCAGUUUAA